AUGUUCUCCUCCCUACUACGACGUCCCAGGGCUGGUCCCCGUCGAAUCGAUCGUCGCCGAAACACCAGUUUCUCUCCUUCUCCCGGUCCUGCUCGGCGACGUUAUACCCUUGAACGACACGCAACGGCGGAUUUUACAGAAGCCGACGACGAUGACGGUGAUGAUACUCAUGAUGAGGGAUUGAGCCGGUUUCGGAGUCAUGACCGUCGUACGAAUAAUGAUGGAGAUGAGGACGACGACGAAGAUGACGAAGUGGAGGAGGAAGACAGGCCUGGUGAAGACGGACGACGCGGCGGCCUUCCUGUUCUUCCUCUGUUCUCGGCGUCUCAUUUAGAUUCUUUGCCAGUUUACAGCAUAACGCACGCCAUCCGAAUUAUCGUAUCGACACGCACUGAAACGACUCUGUCAUGGGAUCAACUCCGAUCACCCCAGGUUUCUCAAUUCCUCGUCAAGCCUAUGCAGCAACAGAUUCGUGCCCAGCAUUUCAGCCGUGCAACUCUGUAUGCUCUCAUGAUCAACUGUCUCCAAUUCACCAAAGAGGGUGAACGCUACCCAGGCAAUGCAGGAAUUAGUAGCACUCGUGCCAAGGUUUGCGAAUUGCUGACUCUCAAGCUACUCAAAGAGUACAAUGUCCGCGAGUUGAUCGAUGCUCUUGCCUAUGACUUUUACCCACUUCAAGGUCUCCCCGGAUCUCAAGCACCUACGUCUCCUCGAAAAUCACCGCCGGCCAACAAGUUGCCUCUGAUAGCAUCCCGAACGUCAACUCUCGAGGUCGCCAUUCGAGCCUCAGCCAAGCACUUGCUUGCCCAUCCCCUCGUCGUCCAACAACUUGAAGCUAUCUGGAGCGGUGCGAUCACUUUCCACUCGUCUGCCGACAGCUUACAUCGGGAACCUCCACCAAACGCAGGCCUUAACUCGAAUGGAUAUAUUGGAAAAGCCACCGAUAGAACUCCCCUGCUUGGUGCAAUUGCUCAGAAAGAAACGCAUUUCACCCCGCCAGGGCGUCGUACGGCGUCGCUCUACGAUCCUCGACAAGCGUCUCUCCUCAAACUCUCCCGUCUUCGGGUUCCUCGAUACAGAUCUUUCCUUUCGACAAUAUCUCUCGCCGUUCUGAUUGGAUUGUUUCUUGCUGUUCUUGCUGAACGUUCGGUUCAAAUCACAGGCCUGGAACUGAUUUUUUGGUUCUGGAGUGCUGGCUUCAUGCUUGAUGAGCUCGUCGGAUUCAACGAGCAGGGGUUCGCGCUGUACAUCUUGAACGUGUGGAAUGUCUUCGACCUCGGAAUCCUGCUGUUGCUCAUUGUAUACUACUGCAUGCGAGCGUAUGGCGUUUUCCUGGCCGACUCUCACCACAUCUACGACAAUGCCUAUGAUAUACUGGCGGCCAAUGCGAUUCUGCUGCUCCCGCGUAUUUUCAGCAUCUUGGAUCACUACCAAUACUUCUCGCAGCUUCUUAUUGCAUUUCGUCUUAUGGCUGUGGACUUGGUGGCUGUAUUCACAUUGAUCUUGGUACUCUGUAGCGGGUUCUUCGUGUUUUUCUCUUUGACAAAGAACUCGUUCGGUGCGAGUGAUGUUGCCUAUAAGAUCUUUCAGAUUCUGAUGGGAUUCACCCCUGCAGCAUGGGAAGUGACAAUUCUCAUCACCGUUCUCACGAAUUCGUUCAUGGCUAUUGCGUCCAAUGCCAAUGAAGAGCACCAAACUGUCAUCAAGAUGACACACUUUCCCGUGCUGUUCUGCAUCUACGUAUACGAGAGAUACUGGCUUGCCCCGUCCAUGUACGAGGCAACUGACUUGGUGGAACACCCAGUUCGGGAGCGAAGUCGGCACAUCUCUUUCAUGGAUCCUGUAAGCAGAGCAGCCAUUUUUAGUCCAAGCAUUAGGGUUCGCGAGGAAUCUGUGGCUGGCUUUCAAAAGGACCGGGCCCUCGAAGAGGUGUUCCGGCGCUUACCCGAUCCCCUAACAUUGAGGACACAAAGACGCCAGGAGAGGCGGAAGACGCAGACAGCGAUUCGCAACUGGAUGGAUCAACACGACGACAAUGAUGCGCCGCCAGGGAAUUGGCAAACGCCUGAUGGUACUAUGCCUCCCUGGCAACGAAGAUCCAGUGUCGGUCUUGCUCGUACUACUAAUCUUAGGCGUGUUUCGGACGUUAGAUCGACAGCGAGUGAUCCUGCUGAUAGGAUGUCUAACGUGGGAAACCCACUCCGGCCGUCGCAGUUUUCCAGGAUUCAUCUGAAUGCGGAUUUAUCCGAAUACAAAGACCAGACUGAUGCUGAUGGCGAUGACGAACUAGUGACAAAUGACGAGGAUGAGGAUGAUCAUGUUACGAACGCUGGGCAGAGUCAAGUUGCUGUUAGCCGUGGAAUCCACGAGGAAGCGGAAAGCUACUUUGCACCCAAUGCCAAUAACUUCAGAAAGCUGGCGUCCUCUGUGAGUUCUUCUGGAAAGAUGAGCUCUUCUGGCAAGAAUGUUUCUCAGACACCACGACCCAAACGAGGAGCACAUAACCGAACACUUUCUACAAAUACGAUACUCUUCAACCCUCAGGAUGUCAAGCAGAUGCAGAGGGCGUCCUCGAUAUCGCCACCUCUGCCUGGCCAUUCACGUCCACGAACUAGCGGACGAACAACCACCGGUGAAAAAACACCAAGACGCAGUUCACCUCGCCGCUCUAUGUACGUCGCCAACACGAAACCUCGACCAGUGAUGCCACCAAGAGGUAUGACCGAGGCUGGUGCUGUUAGUCGAUCAGCCCUUCUCAGCAUCGAGCCACGAAAUCGUCCCAAGGACAUUAGAAGGUUGUCCUCGGUUGAUCUGAGUGCGAUGUCUGAUCAAGUUGUGGGAGACCAUAUUGGUGCGAUGCCUGGCAGCUUCCAGACCCAACUUGCAACUUUCAUGAAGGAUCAUCGAUUACGGGCAGGCGGUGGUAACGACUCCGGCGACCGCGACAGAAUGGGAAGGCUGGUGUUGGCUAGAAUGAAGACGCUGGAGGAAAGCUUUGCGGAUGUGAUCAAGGAGAUGCGGGAUCUGAAGAACUCUUCAACGGUCCCUACAACGCGGCGUAACUCGGGGGAUGAAGCAAAUAUGGAGCCGAUGAUUGAGGUGGCUGGACGAGACCGCUUAAGAAAGUACCAUAUCGACAACAGCCAACGCAAGAUUGCGUCUAAGCGACCCGUCAGCCGAAGAAGCCUUAAGGAGGAGAAACCUGGCAUGUGGGAUUACAAGGGGAAGGGCAAGGAGGUAGCGUAUGAGUCCGACGAUGAGGCAGAGACUGAUGACAGUCUAUUCAAGAAAGGGGGCUCAUUGUAA